AUGAUCAACCACACUGCCGCGUUUGAAGAACUGGACACAAACGUUUCUGAGCCGUCACAGCUUCUCUCGCUUAACCAGAGCGCUUUCCCUGCGCUUCGGCUCGAGUACAAGUCUCUGAUCACUUCAGCCACCAUGUUCGCCGUGGGCGUCCUGGGAAACCUCAUCGCCAUAGUGGUGCUGUGUGUCUCCAAAAAAGAACAGAAGGAAACCACUUUCUACACGCUGGUCUGCGGUAUGGCCAUCACGGACCUGUUGGGGACGUGCUUCACGAGCCCGGUGGUAAUCGCCACGUACGUGUCUAGCCGGUGGCCAGGGGGAGCGCUGCUCUGCCACUUCUUUUCCUUUUCCAUGCUUUUCUUCGGCUCCGCCGGCAUGUCUAUAUUGUGCGCUAUGGCUGUGGAGCGAUACUUGGCCAUAAAUCACGCGUACUUUUACUCCCAGCACAUAGACCGAACCAUGGCGCGGUUUGCGCUCCUGGUCACCUACCUGGCGAACAUCGUGCUGUGUAUUAUGCCCAGUUUUGGAUUCGGACAGCACGUUAGCCAAAUCCCCGGGACUUGGUGCUUUCUCGACUGGAGAGCAAUGGAUCCGCUGGGAGCUUGCUACUCGUUUCUGUACGGCGGCGUGAUGAUUAUGUUGAUCGCAGUGACUGUUUUGUGUAACUUGGCGGUGUGCAGGACGUUGGUGGGCAUGAACCAGAGGACAGGAAUAGUCAGGACUGAGCUGUGUGAGCAGGGGUGCUCCCGUCGACGCUUCCCUCGGCUGCCUUCGGUCACUUCUGCGGCAGAGAUCCAAAUGUUCUGGCUUAUGAUCUUGAUGACCAUCGUAUUCCUGGUCUGCUCUAUCCCAUUAGUGGUGCGAAUCUUUGUUAACCAACUAUAUGGCCCAUCUUACAUUUCUGCUGGGAUGAAGCCCGACUAUCGCAGCGACCUGUUGGCAGUCCGCUUCGCCUCGUUCAAUCCCAUAUUAGACCCCUGGGUGUACAUAUUGUGUCGCAAAAACCUGCUAUUGAAGGGCUGCGAGAAGCUAAAGAGAACAGUUAACAGGGUCAGGGAUGGAGGCGGCGACAACAUCGGCUGGGCAGAGGGUCAAAACUCUCCACAGUCUUUAAACAGCAACGAUACCAGUUACGCUUCCAUACGCACAUCCAGCUACAGAAACGACCGGGACCAUCACGGACUCAUCCAGAAUAAAUCUUUUACAGACUUUGCCCUGAGACAAGCGUGGGAGUACGACACGGCCCGUGUCAGCUUUCACCCGUUCAGCGUCGAAUCGACCGCGACCCUUGGCUGUGAUGACGAGGUGGAGGGUAACUCCAAACAGGAGGCAGCCAAGGCAUCUCCAGGGCGCAGCGUAACGCCGCUGCUUCCUGCGCACAUAAGGAGAAUGGACAUCGUUACCUGCACGUUCAGCACACCGAGCUCCUGUGAGUCUGCGAAGUGUCUCUGA